UAUAUUAUUAGUUUUUAUGGACAAUAGGCAGUCCAAUCAAGGGGUUGAUUUAUAAGAUGGCCAGCUUUGUAGACCAGUUUCUAGUAAGAAGUGCGAGUACCAAGCAGCACUAUGAAUUCCGACAGUAUGAAAUGUGCUGCACAUGCAACAGUCUCCAUAGUUUACGCCGUUGCUGCAGGAUACGCUUUAUAUUUGGGCGUUGAAAUGCCUAAAGAAUUUUACAAAAAUGAAAUUUUCCGUGUAGGAAGAGAUUACUUCUGGUACCUGUUGUGUACUUGGCUUGGGAUGAUUCACCAUUUUUACUUUGGAAUUUAUUCUGCGAUAGACAUUAUAGAAAGGGUUCCACCUACAAAAUCCCUUGUAAAGUUGGUGAAUAACUUACACUCUCUUGGAAGUUUCAUCUUAUUCAGCGUAGUUUUCCCAUUUGCAGUCAUGGUCUCUAUCUUAUUUUGGACAAUAUUCUUAUGGGACAGAGAGAAAGUAUAUCCGAAUGUUGUAGAUGAGUAUCUGCCAUUUUGGCUCAAUCACUUUAUGCACACGUAUCCUCUGCCUCUGGCAAUUUUUUAUAUGGCGACAACCAACCAAAAACUGCCAUCAAAAACUAACACCUUUUUAGGUCUACUAGUGUUCAUGGCAGUAUAUUUAAUCUUUUUAAUUAAACAUCGACUUAUGACUGGACAAUGGUUGUACUUCGUCUUCAAUUCCUCAACACCAACACAGACAGUAUUGCUGAUGGCAUUCAGCCUGCUGGGACCUUUUGUCUUUCAUUUUGUGGGAUAUAAACUUCAAAUAGUAUUAAAUGAUGCUACAAAUAGCUACUUAAAAAAAGACACUAAGGUCCAGUAAAAAAAGACUGCUGAACGAACUAGCGACUGUAGAAAUAGAAAUUUUUAAUAUUUUUAUAUAAAAUGUAUAUUGAAGGAAAUAUUUAUGUAUUUUAUUUUUAAGGAAAGCAGCAUUAAGAAGCUGUAUUUUUUCAAAUUUUGUUACCAUACCUGCAUGCUUUCAGAGUUUUGUUCACAAAAUAAAAAAUUGAACAAUUUUCUAA